AUGUACCUUCAAUUGGCGCUCGCCCCUCUUCUCGCGGCGGCUGUUGCUAAUGCCGCUGAGAUUCUCUCUACUUCCUCCAACGCCCAAGUCGUUCCCAACGGCUACAUUGUCGUUCUCAAUGAUGAUGUGAACGCAGAGGCCUUCGACAGCCACCAGGCGUGGGUUACGAACGUCCACCGCCGCCAGCUUGCGAAGCGUGGCGGUGCCCUUAACGGCAUCCAGCACACCUACAACUUCACCACCGGCUUCAAGGGAUAUGCUGGUGCCUUCCACGAGGCCACCAUCAACGAGAUUGCCGCCCGUGAUGAUGUCAAGUACAUCGAGCCUGACACCAUUGUCAAGGCUUCGGGUAUCGUCACCCAGUCUGACGCCCCCUGGGGUCUCGCCCGUGUCAGCUCGAAGAAGCCUGGCGCCACCGAUUAUUUCUAUGACUCUUCCGCUGGAGAGGGUGUCACUGCCUAUGUUGUCGACACUGGUAUCGAUAUCAGCCACCCUGAGUUCGAGGGCCGUGCCACCUGGGGUACCAAUACCGCCGACUCCAACGAUGUGGACUGCGGUAAUCAUGGAACUCACGUCUCUGGCACCAUUGCUGGUAAGACGUACGGUAUCGCCAAGAACGCCAACUUGGUCGCUGUCAAGGUCCUUGGCUGCGACGGCUCUGGCAGCAACUCCGGUGUUAUCAAGGGUAUGGAAUGGGCCGUCAACGACGCCAGCAGGAAGGGUAUUACCAGGAAGUCUGUGAUGAACAUGAGCUUGGGUGGUGGCAAGUCUCAAUCCUCGAACGAUGCCGCGGCCAAUGUUGUCAGCUCUGGAAUCUUCCUUGCUGUUGCCGCUGGUAAUGAUGGCCAAGAUGCCAGAAACUCUUCCCCUGCCUCUGAGCCGUCCGUCUGCACCGUUGGUGCCUCCGACAGCAAUGAUCGCAUUGCCUCAUUCUCCAAUUAUGGCUCUAUCGUUGACGUUUUCGGACCCGGUGUUGGCAUCCUCUCCUCCAUCCCCGGCGGUGGCACUGAGCAGAUGUCCGGUACUUCCAUGGCUACUCCUCAUGUCACUGGUCUUGGUGCCUACUUCAUUGGUCUCGGAAAGGGCUCUGGCGGCAAUAUCUGUAACUACAUCGUCUCCGCUGCUCUCAACGCUGUGACUGGUGCCCCUUACAGCACCACCACUAAGCUGAUCAACAACGGUGUCAACGGCAACGGUUACUUCCACUCUCUCCCCUACCCCCAGUAG